AUGGACCACACGCCAGCUCCAAAGCUGUCCGAGCUUCUACGACACCCCGACGAUCUUGACAAGAUCCCAUCGCUCAAAGAUGAGCUGCUACGUAAGAAGGCGGCCGUCGACGGCCAGCUCCGCACCGGUCUGCGGGAGCAGCUCGAGCUGUCCCAGUCGGGCAUGAACGGCCUGAGCGACGGCCAGAAGACGGUCCAGAUGAUCAAGGACGAGAUGAUCAAGAUCGACAAGCUCUGCUCCGAGUCGCAGAACAUGAUCAAGGACUUUGCCAGCAUCAACCUGGUGUCGCAGGCCCACCGCAACUUCAACGCCGUCGAGACCAUGCGCCACGACCUCGAGACCUUCAGCAGCAGGCUGGGAGUCGUGCAGGGGAUGCUGCAGGAGGACGACGACGACAAGGAGAACAUGCCCAACUUCCUAGCCUGCCACUACGAGCUUACGCUGCUGAGGAAUAUCCGCGACAAUGCCAUGGAGCAGAUCAAGCGAGCCGACGACCCGAGUCUCGAAUCGACCUUGGAGGAUUACUUCACCAGGUUAGACGAUACCAUUGAGUGGUUCGACGAGCACGUAGGCCUCAUCGCCCUCAACCUGGUCAACCUGGUGGUCAACGAGAACAACGGGCUCGUGGUGCGCUUCGCCGUCGUGAUCGACGCCGAGGAGAAGAGCGACCAGCGCGUCCUGGCCGUGCAGGAGGCGCUGAAGGACCACAGGGAGAUGGCCAUGCGCUUCCAGGGGAUCACGGACGGCGCGAGGAACGUCCGCGGGUACAAGGACAAGUUCAUGCAGGCCAUCAAGUUCAGCGCGCAGCAGAACUUCGAGCAGGCCGGGGAGGAGUUCCUCGAGGACCCGACCAAGCUCGAGAAGAUCAUGAAGUGGUUCUUCAACGAUCUCAACGUGGUCAAGAUCGGAAUGACGCCGCUGGUGCCGAAGAGAUGGAAGAUUUCCAAGGCAUAUGCCGAUAUCUACCAUGGGCUCAUGCACGACUUCCUAAUUGGCAUCGUGGAUGACCCGGACACCAGCUCUGCACACACACUUGAGAUUAUUGGCUUCCCAGAGAAGUACUACAAGAAGAUGGCUAAAUUGGGAUUCUGGCAGGAGGAGCUGGUGCCCCAUCUCAUUGACAACCGUGAGGCCGAGCUUGUCCGUGACUUCCGACAGCUCAUCAUCAAGUUCCUCGACGAGUGGAUAGAGCGCAUCUUCGCCCAGGAGCAGCGCGACUUCACUGAGCGGAGCGCAGGAGGCCCCGAAGGCGGCUCCAACCUUGACCAGGAUGAGUACGGAUAUUUCCGAACAAAGAACCUGGUGGCCCUGUGGCGUAUGUUGAAGGAGCAGGUGGACGCGGCAGCCAACUCGCAGCGAGGAGACGUCGUCGAAGGUGUUAUUGACGCCAUGCUGGUACGUCUGCAUAACAGGCAGCAGGCCUGGCAGAAUAUGCUCGAGACCGAGGCGGCGCGCUACGAGGCCAUCGCCGCCAGCGGCAAUACCGAGGAGCUCGAGGGCUUCCAGGCCCUGCAGGACUGGCUCGUGGCCACGGCCAACGACCAGAUCGCCUGCAUCGACGACAACGAGGACGAGGGCCGCCUCGCCUACCUUUCCAACUGGCGCCAGACGUUCGAGCCUCACAUCUCCCCGGCCUACUCGGAGCGCGUCGAGACGGAGAUGAACAGCCUCCGCGACGGCUACGUCGACUUCAGCACCUGGUGCAUCACCCGCUUCGCCCAGGUCAUCUUCGCCGUCGACUUCGCCCAGGUCAUGCCCGACUUCUUCACCCCGAAAUGGUACACCAGCACCGCCAUGAAGCAGAUGGUCGUCACCUUCGAGGAGUACGUCUCCGACUACCGCCAGGUCCUCCACCACUCCCUCGUCGACAUCUUCAUCGAGAUCUUCGCCGACGAGCUCCUCAUCCGCUACCUCUCCUCCGUCCGCAACAAGGGCGCCCGCUUCCGCCGCGCCGACCCCUUCGUCGACAAGCUCAUCGACGACAUCCGCGUCGCCUUCGACUUCUUCGAGUCCCUCCCCAGCCCCGAGGUCGGCGCCUCCAUCAAGGAGACGUGGCGCGCCACCGAGCUCUUCCACCAGCUCCUCACCGCCGACCGCGACAGCGUCCCCGACGCCUUCGAGGCCUUCAAGGCCAAGUACUGGGACCUGCAGAUCACAUGGGUCGAGGCCGUCCUGCGCUCCCGCGACGACUUCGAGAGGAGCAUGCUCAACGCCGUCAAGGCCAGGGCCGCGCAGAUGAAUGUCGAGCGGGGGCCCGAGACGCUCAUGAGCAAGGUCAAGUAA